AUGUUUAAAGAUAAUAAAAAUAGAUGGGAAGAAUAUCUGAAGUGGGUUGAAUGGGGAGACAAGAUACAAUCCGGCUUUGACAGGGUGGCGUGGAUCAGAAUUAUGGGGCUUCCCAUACAUCUCUGGGGGGGGGGGGGAACAACUUUGCAACAAUCACAAAAGGAUAUGGGGACGGGGAUUAAUGAUGAGAUAUUCGUAGCCUUUGAAGGAGAACUCAUAAAGCUGGGCAUCAUUGAAUUUGACGAGGAUUGGUUCCCCUUCAAGUUUGACCCCUCUGAAGAUUACUAUGAAAAAGGUGACGAUGAAGUCGGGGAGUACGAUGAAGAAGAUGAUGAAGACGAAGGAAUUUCUGAUACAUGGAUACAUGAUGUAGAGAGUGAAAAAGGGGAAGGAUAA